AAUUAGACAAAAGGAAAAUAAGAAGCGAAGGGGCGGACUCCGCUGAAGGUGGACCAAGAAGAACUAGCAAAACCAGAGCUUCCGCUGCUCAUUGCCUCCAAAGGGUAGAGAAAGAACACAAAGAAAAAAUGGAAGAAGCAGAGAUGGUAACACCAGGAGAGAUGUUGGGAAGAGCCACAGAGCUCAAAGCAGGGAAAGGAGCUUACGUGGGACAGCAUAACAAGAACAUCUACGCCUCCCUCACUGGUUUCCGCCGCAUCCAAUCCCCUCCUUCUGAUUCUCCUGACCAGAGACCAACUGUGGAAGUAACUGGUCACAAAGCUCAUGGUCCUGUUCCGGAGCCUGGUUCUGUUGUCAUUGCCCGAGUUACAAAGGUGAUGGCUAGGAUAGCAUCAGCCGAUAUUAUGUGUGUUGGUCCAAAGUCUGUGAGAGAAAAAUUCAGUGGUAUAAUUAGGCAACAGGAUGUUAGAGCAACUGAAAUUGACAAAGUGGAUAUGCACUUGUCAUUUCGUCCUGGUGACAUUGUCAGAGCUGUAGUGCUGUCUCUUGGAGAUGCACGGGCUUAUUAUCUAUCAACUGCUAAGAAUGAACUGGGUGUAGUCUCUGCAGAGAGCUCAGCAGGUGCAGCAAUGGUUCCAAUAAGUUGGACGGAAAUGCAGUGCCCGUUGACUGGCCAAAUUGAGCAAAGGAAGGUUGCAAAAGUUGAAAGAAACAUGAUCUUAGGCAAUUGCGUAUCACAGAACUCAAAUUCUGACAGUUUUAGAAAGAAACGAGGCACUCUCAGACUUCUCAUGCCUUCUUCUUCUCUGCUUCUCCUUCAACCUCUCACCUUUCCCUCAACUCCAUCCCACUCUCCUUCCCUUCUGUUUCACCAAAAUGCCAACUUUAUCGCUUCCAAAACUUCUCUAAGAAAACCCUUUAACUCCAAAAAGCUCUACCUCUCAAAGCCUCAAACUAUCCCAUUUGCUCUCACGGAAUCAGACUCUCCCAAGUCCCUUGAACCUAACCCUCAAACCCUUCUCCAAGAAGUUUCUGACAGUUUUGAUCUUCCAUCAGAUUACUUUUCCCAGUUACCGGGAGACCUUCGUUUAGAUUUAAAUGAUGCAGCUUUUGAUCUUUCAAAUGGACCUGUGAUUGAUGAGUGUGGUCUAGAGUUGGGAGAAACAUUAUUAAAUCUCUCUAGAGCUUGGGAGCUAGCUGAUACAUCAACUUCCCGCACAUUAGCAAGCAAGCUCCCUUUGUUGGGGAGCUCUUUGACUGACAAUGCAAAAUCAGCAUUUGGAAGGCGUUUACUAGCCGCUGGAAGGAGGUUCCAGGGAAUGGGACAGUAUGGUCAAGGGGAACUACAAAAGAUUGCGAAAGCAAUGACUGCAGCUGGAAAACUUCUGUCUGCAAGUUCGGUAUCUACAACAAGUGACGAACAACCAAAAAUGGAAACUAGGAUGCUGAAGUUUGGAGACCUUCAGCUUGAGGUAACAUCUGAGAAAGCCAACAUUGGAGCUGCAAUAGGUUUUGUUUUCGGGAUUCUUUCAUGGCAAAUAGCUCAGGGAAUCCAAAGUAUCCCAGAGAGUUCAUUGGAAUAUGCAAAUGACAAUGCUCUGCUUCUAGCUAAGUCUUUAAGGGGAGCACUGCUUGCACUUUUCUAUUCAUCCACAUUCUUGUCCGCUUUCACCGCAAUAGGCCUUGUCUUACUGGGAAGACAAUAUUUUUCCACCAUGGCUUCCCUCACUUGUACAGCCUCUGACCUCAUCCCCCUCCUCUCCUCUUCCUCCUCCACCAAUGCAACUGCCCUCGCUUCCUUCCUUUGCACCCGUUUUUCCACCAUCUCCGACCAGCUCUCGGACGCCACUCACGCCAUUGACAACACUUACCUCCUCUUCUCCGCCUACCUAGUCUUCGCCAUGCAACUCGGCUUUGCCAUGCUCUGCGCUGGCUCAGUCAGAGCUAAGAACACCAUGAACAUCAUGUUGACGAACGUCCUUGACGCAGCUGCUGGUGCACUGUCUUAUUACCUCUUUGGCUUUGCCUUUGCCUUUGGUUCACCUUCUAAUGGUUUCAUAGGACGCCACUUCUUUGGACUUAAAGCUUACCCUUCACCUUCGAGUGAUUAUAGUUUCUUUCUUUAUCAAUGGGCUUUCGCUAUAGCUGCUGCCGGGAUUACCAGCGGGUCCAUAGCUGAAAGAACCCAAUUCGUAGCUUACCUUAUUUACUCGUCCUUUUUAACCGGCUUCGUUUACCCCACAGUUUCACAUUGGUUUUGGUCGGGUGACGGGUGGGCCAGUGCGAGCCGAUCCGAUAACCUUUUAUUCGGCUCGGGUGUGAUUGACUUUGCUGGUUCGGGUGUGGUUCACAUGGUUGGGGGCAUUGCUGGCUUAUGGGGUGCGUUGAUUGAGGGUCCGAGGCUUGGCAGGUUCGAUCGGGCGGAUCGCUCCGUGGCGUUACGCGGGCAUAGUGCCUCAUUAGUAGUGCUGGGAACGUUCCUUUUGUGGUUCGGGUGGUACGGGUUUAACCCGGGUUCGUUUUUGACCAUCGUGAAAGGGUAUGGUCGGGGUGGGGGCUAUUAUGGGCAAUGGAGUGCUAUAGGGAGGACAGCUGUCACGACGACAAUGGCUGGGUGCACAGCUGCCCUUACAACCUUGUUUAGUAAAAGGCUAUUAGUUGGUCAUUGGAAUGUAAUCGAUGUUUGCAAUGGUUUGCUAGGGGGCUUUGCUGCAAUUACCUCAGGGUGUUCAGUAGUAGAACCAUGGGCUGCAAUCAUAUGUGGCUUUGUGGCAGCGUGGGUUCUAAUUGGAUUCAACCUUCUUGCAUCCAAAUUGAAGUAUGACGACCCACUAGAGGCAGCCCAAUUACAUGGGGGGUGCGGCGCGUGGGGUUUACUCUUCACCGGAUUGUUUGCAACGGAGGCAUACGUCAACGAGGUGUAUCCAGGGCGGCCGGGCCGCCCACACGGGUUGUUCAUGGGUGGUGGAGGGAAGCUGCUAGGGGCACAAAUCAUUCAAAUUUUGGUCAUAGCAGGGUGGGUCACGGCCACAAUGGGGCCACUCUUUUAUGUGCUACACAAAAUGAAGUUGUUAAGGAUUUCCGAGAAUGAUGAAACUGCUGGGAUGGACUUGACUAGGCAUGGGGGAUUUGCUUAUGCAUAUCAUGAUGAGGAGGAUCUUUCCCGCACGCCAGGGUUCAUGAUGACCAAAAUUGAACCAACUAAUGGAAGUCCUUCAACAGAGGGUCAAACAUCACCUUCCAAUGUAUAAAUCAAAUUUAGUGAUUUGCCCCUUGUAAUUGUAAACCUUUAUUAAUUGUGUGUUAUGUACUAAGUAUAUAAUAUAAUCACUCAACUUUA